AAUUUUAUGUUAGUAGCGCCAGUUGAUUAUCAAAAAUGGCCGCUACAAAUUCUGUAUUCUAGAACCACCUUGGUUUGUUUUUCCUAUAUGAUACAUUCGUUGAACCUGCUUUAUACAUUGGUUUUAAAACAGUUCAGUGUCAAUUUCGUUAACUUGAUAUCGUGAUGGCUACUGAAGACCUUCUGGUUGACCUGGGUGCAGAUUCGCAGCCAAUUGUUCCAGAAUCCAAGUUGGAAUUUCUUGCAGAAGAGAAAAAUGGGAUUCUUCAAACAGAAGAUGAUUUGGCAAUGGCUUUAUCUUUAAAAGAUGAAAUGAAUCAAGAUGGUCACAAAGCUACCAUAGGAGCAUCACAAGUGACCCCUUAUCCCGAAAUAGGGGAUACCGCACGUCCUACAUCUAAGUCAGCAUGGCUGGAUGAUGAGACUCGAGCCAAAGAAGAAUUUGCAGAUAUUGCUAAAUAUGGAAUAAUAGAGGUAUCAGGAGUUGAUACAAGUGGACGACCAGUGAUCGUGGUGAGUGCUUCAAAACUUCCUUCUAAUAAGGAACUAGAUCACAAGAAAUUGUUAAGGUAUUUGAAGUUCAGCUUGGACAAGUAUGUGGAGUCCGAUUACAGUGUGGUUUACCUUCACUAUGGUCUUAACAGCUCAAACAAACCAUCGUUUUCAUGGUUGCGUGAAGCUUAUAAGGAGUUUGAUCGAAAAUAUAAAAAAAAUCUGAAAUCCUUAUACCUUGUUCAUCCGACCACCUUCAUAAGAAUCCUAAUGAAUGUAUUCAAACCACUAAUCAGUGUGAAGUUUGGUCGCAAGAUGAGUUAUGUUAACUAUUUGCAUGAAAUAGCAGAUGUGGUGCACCUUGAUCAACUUCCAAUACCACAGGAUGUACUUGAUCAUGAUCGUGAAUUGGUGAAGAAGUUAAACAAAGCAGAGACUCGUCCUCGUGAUGCAUCGGAUAGUGACAAACCAGUUGAACCGUUGACCACACAACAAUUUGGUGUCUCACUUGAUUUUUUGAACACAAAUAAUCCAGGCUACAACAUUCCCAAAGUUGUGCAAGAUACUAUAUCAUAUAUUAAAGAAAAUGGUUUAAGCACGGAAGGUUUAUUUCGACGAUCUGCAUCAGCGAUUGCAUUACGUGAAGUUCAAAAGCUCUAUAAUGCUGGGACUACAGUUGUGUUUGAUGAUCCACACUUGGCUGCUGUCACGCUCAAAGCAUUUCUUCGUCAGCUUCCUGAACCAGUGCUUACUUUUCAACUUUAUGAAUAUAUUCUUAACAUCUCAAGAGUUGAAGAAGAGACAAGAGUCAGAGUUGUUUCUUCUCUCCUUCAAAAACUUCCAAGAUUAAACUUCAUCUUACUCAAAUAUAUCAUGGAUUUCCUAGCAAUUGUUGCUGCGCAUUCGGAUGAGAAUCGAAUGACCUUCAGCAACCUUGCUGUUGUGUUCGGACCAAAACUAGCUUGGUCAACUGAUCAGGCUGCAUCCUUGGUGGCAAUGGGUCCAAUCAACACUUUCACAAUGCUGAUGCUUCAAAAUCAUGAACAACUGUUCGCUGAAGACUCAGAUUGCUAACCACACUUAUGACAUCACAAUGGUAACCUUUAUAUUGACUAGACUUAGUGCGGUGGUGGUAUCUUGUAAUAUUGCCCAUAUUUGUACAUGCGGAAGCUAGUUCUAGUGUUGAAGCUGGUUUUUAUUUGAUUUCAAACUGUCCCAGUAUUUGUAGAUAUGGAGUGUGAACUAACACACUAUAAUGAAUAAGUCAAACAUACUGGGUUACACAGUAAGAGUACAAACAAGUUUAUUAAAAUCUGUUAUAUAAAUAUUGUUUUAUGCACUUUGUAUUUUAAGCAUACAAAAACAACCCUUUCCUAAUGUUUAAACAACAUGAUCUGGUUAAUAUUACAUUUAUUCUAACCCCCCCUAAAACAUUCAACCAAAACAAUCAUUACAUUUAUUCACAUAUUCUAGACAGAAAAAUACACCCAUUUUAUUCUGGUAAUGUGUAAAUUAUUGCCGUAUGUAUGGAGUGUUGAAUGUAUUCUAUUGAUUUUAAAUGUGCAAUGCUCAUACACUGUGUAACUUCAUUUCCGUUGUGUUGCGGAUAUUCCACUUCUGUAGCAAGUUAUCUAAAGUUUCAAACACCGCUGCUGGCGUAACCACUUUUUCUGCCUACCUUUUUUAACUUACCACACAAAAACUAGAAUGUAGAGUUGACAUUUUAAAUACGUUGAAACAAAAAAUUAUCAAAAUUGGCAAAAUCCAUUGCUGGCAGUGGUUGAGUUUUCGCAAUUGUAGGACUAUAUUAUUACUUGUAUAAUGUAAAACCUACCGCCUGCUUCAUUUUAACCAAAUACAUUAUAGAAACAUAUU